UAAGUUUACUUCAGUGUCUGCCCUACAUCUCACAGCUGAGAAUCUCUAAUCUGAAUGAAAGUGUUGAAACCGGAUUUCUUCUGAAACUAUUCAUUAAAGCAGCAGAAAUUGAGAAACAGACAGAAGAGCAGAUACUGAAACCGUUAACAUCACUCUGCAGCUACAGAUUUUUUAAUUGUGAAAGAAUUAGUGAUUUCCUGCUGGAUCUUUACUCACAUGUGAAGAACUAUGAGACUCAAACAGGCAGGAGUCUCCUUCCAGCAUUACAGUCAGUUUUCCAGUCAACACCUGAUGUCUGGAUCAUAGAUCUCUCACAGAGAAAGAGCUCCGUCCUCCUGGAAGUACUGAAACUCCAAACAGAGAAGAAACCAGUAGAGCUGAGAGGAUGUUCAGAGGAAGAAAGAGAAGUGAUAAGUUUCCUUCAGUGUCUGCCCUACAUCUCACAGCUGAGUUUUGAGGACGUUUAUAAUCAAGACAGAUGGAUGUCUGCAGUAAGAUUCCUGCUGAAUCUCAGUGUUGCUGCGGUAGAAAGUGACACCGAUACAGGAACAAGAUUCACAACUCUGUCAUCUGUGUGCAGUUACAAAACCUUCCCUUUAGGGUUUGAUGAGUAUGAUCAUUUUUGUCAGAGUGAUUUCCUGCUGGAUCUUUGCUCACAUGUGAAGGACUAUGAGACUCAAACAGGCAGGAGUCUCCUUCCAGGAUUACAGUCAGUUUUCCAGUUACCUGAUGUCUGGAUCAUAGAUCUCUCACGGAGAAAGAGCUCCGUCCUUCUGGAAGUACUGAAACUCCAAACAGAGAAGAAACGAGUAGAGCUACUUGAAUGUUCAGAGGAAGAGAGUGAAGUGAUGAGUUUCCUUCAGUGUCUGCCCUACAUCUCACAGCUGAGUUUUGGGGAAUUUCAUGAUAAAGAAAGAUGGAUGUCUGCAGUAAGAUUCCUGCUGAAUCUCAGUGUUGCUGCGGUAGAAAGUGACACCGAUACAGGAACAAGAUUCACAACUCUGUCAUCUGUGUGCAGUUACAAAACCUUCCCUUUAGAGUUUGAUGAGUAUGAUCCUUUUUAUCAGAGUGAUUUCCUGCUGGAUCUUUGCUCACAUGUGAAGGACUAUGAAACUCAAACAGGCAGGAGUCUCCUUCCAGCAUUACAGUCAGUUUUCCAGUCACCUGAUGUCUGGAUCAUAGAUCUCUCACAGAGAAAGAGCUCCGUCCUCCUGGAAGUACUGAAACUCCAAACAGAGAAGAAACCAGUAGAGCUGAUACGAUGUUCAGAGGAAGAGAGUGAAGUGAUGAGUUUCCUUCAGUGUCUGCCCUUCAUCUCAAAGCUGAGGUUUGAACACUGGAAUAACAGUCGUGCAGUGCAGUUUGUUCUGAAUUUUUUUAUUGAUUCUUUAGUUGGCACUCUAGUGCGGCAGGAUUUUAAACAGCAUUCUAGCUUAUCCGCAGCAGAGAUUGAGACACAGACAGUAGAGCAGAUGCUGAAACUGUUAUCAUCAGUCUGCACCUACAGCUCUUUUCCUUAUGAAAGCACUGACAGAAUUAAACAGAGUGUUUUUCUGCUGGAUCUUUGCUCACAUGUGAAGGACUAUGAGACUCAAACAGGCAGGAGUUUCCUUCCAGCAUUACAGUCAGUUUUCCAGUCAGCACCUGAUGUCUGGAUCAUAGAUCUCUCACUGAGAAAGAGCUCCGUCCUCCUGGAAGUACUGAAACUCCAAACAAAGAAGAAACCAGUAGAGCUGAGAGGAUGUUCAGAGGAAGAGAGUGAAAUGAUGAGUUUCCUUCAGUGUCUGCUCUACAUCUCACAGCUGAGGUUUGACUAUUGGAAUAACAGUCUUGCCAUUCAGAGUGUUUUGAUACUCUUCAUUGAAGCAGCAGAGAUUGAGACACAGACAGGAGAGCAGAUGCUGAAACUGUUAUCAUCAGUCUGCACCUACAGCUCUUUUCCUUAUGAAAUGACUGACAUAAUUAAACAGAGUGAUUUCCUGCUGGAUCUUUACUCACAUGUGAAGGACUAUGAGACUCAAACAGGCAGGAGUCUCCUUCCAGCAUUACAGUCAGUUUUCCAGUUACCUGAUGUCUGGAUCAUAGAUCUCUCACUGAGAAAGAGCUCCGUCCUCCUGGAAGUACUGAAACUCCAAACAGAGAAGAAACCAGUAGAGCUGAGAGGAUGUUCAGAGGAAGAGAGAGAAGUGAUAAGUUUCCUUCAGUGUCUGCCCUACAUCUCACAGCUGAGAUUUGAUCAUUGGAACAACAAUUAUGCAGUGCAGUUUGUUCUGAAACUCCUCAUUAAAGCAGCAGAGACUGAGACACAGACAGAAGAGCAGAUGCUGAAAUUGUUAAAAACAGUCUGCACCUACAGCUCUUUUCCUUAUCAGUGGUCUGACAGAAUUAAACAGAGUGAUUUCCUGCUGGAUCUUUGCUCACAUGUGAAGGACUAUGAGACUCAAACAGGCAGGAGUCUCCUUCCAGCAUUACAGUCAGUUUUCCAGUCAGCACCUGAUGUCUGGAUCAUAGAUCUCUCACGGAGAAAGAGCUCCAUCCUCCUGGAAGUACUGAAACUCCAAACAGAGAAGAAACCAGUAGAGCUGAGAGGAUGUUCAGAGGAAGAGAGUGAAGUGAUGAGUUUACUUCAGUGUCUGCCCUACAUCUCACAGCUGAGUUGUUCUGAGCUGUGUUUGUUAACACUAGUUAAAGUGGUCCAGUACAGAGAGAAUCCAGAGCUGGUGACUUUACUGUUGGAGGUUCUUGGCUUCUCCUUCAGUCUGGAAGGACAUUUACCCAGUAAAACCUGCAGGUCUGUGGGGAGAGUUUUGCCUUUCUCUUCUGACAGACUCAACCUCACUCUAAAAUCAAAAGCCAUCUCUCUAAAAGGAACAAGGCUUCUUUUCAGACACAUCAAAAACUUACACACACUCAGGCUGAGUGGUUAUAUGGUGGUGAGAAUAGCGGAGGCAUUGAGGUCUAUGUGGGUUCAAACUCCUGUCACUGUUUAUGAACUCACACUUAACCUGAAUAUGGAACAGUGGUCAGAGAGGAAGCUGUCCAGGGUCCUGAGCAAUUUGGCCAUCAUUCUGAGACUCUGGACUGUCCAGUGUUUGAAUUUGACUGAAUACAAUAUGUUGUCUGUUUCUCUAUCUGUCCUACUGUGUCACCAGGGACCAGUGAUUCUCAGACUAUCUAAAGAAACUCUCCGGAAGCUGGUUGAAUUUGUCUGUGAAGCUCAGGAAGAGGAACUGACUCAGUGCUUCCUGCAGAAAGUGGGUGGAGAUCUGACUUCCUGUUCCUUGAGCUGGGAAGAGCUUCACUAUUUCCUGCAGCACAAGAUUCCACACAUCACUGUGGACCUCAGAAAGAGCAACAUUGGAUGUAAUGUCAGAAAAAUGUUGCCAUUUUUUAACAGGAUUCAAUUUAAACGGAUCAGCUCUACCUUCAUGCUGUCUGUAAUCAGAGAGAUCUAUGAGUCCGGCUCUGUUGGUUUUGUGUCCAGUCUGUUGAGUUCAGUUGAGAACUACAUUAACCUGCAGGGCAGAGAGCUGGACUCUGUUCACUGUGCGGCCCUGCGCUUCACACUGCAGCACUGCACUGCAGUUUCACUCAAUCUACAGUGGACCUCCAUACCAGAGGAAGAGCUGGAGAGCAUUCUGCCUCUCUUCACACAUGUGUCCCACCUCAGUGUUGACAGGCUGCUAUUACGGAAGAUGAUGCACUGCUGCAGUGUCUCUGACAUCCAGCAAGAGACAGCAGCAGUUCUGCUCUCCAUCCUGCAGCACAAGUUGGACUUCUCCUGCUGUUCUGCUCUGGAUCUGACAGCAAACACAGACUCAGAGCCUCUACAUCUGACCAUUGAGGACUGCUGUGUGAUGUCCAGAGUCAUUCAGAGUGCUCAUUCAGACACAAAGACACAACUGAUUCUGCAGGACUGUGAGAUUAAUACAGCUGGAAUUGAUCAGCUGUUCCCAGUGUUACAUUCUGUUAAACUAUGCUGUGCUAAAUCUCUACUGCUUCAGUUUCUGGCUCAUGUGAGGCCUGAGGAAGCUAAGUCUCUUUCUCAAGCGCUGGGUGAAGAGCUUAACCUCAGUCAGACUCAGCUGAAUCCGCAGGUCUGUAGAGGUCUGAAGCUGAUUCUGGAAUAUUCUGAAGGACUGACUGAACUGGAUCUGAGUCAGUGCUGUCUCACCGAUGACAGCCUGGGUCUGCUGCUCCCAAACCUCCACAAAGUGCAAAACAUUGAUUUUAGUGGCAAUAGCAUCACUGACUUUUUGGCUCCAAAAAUCUACAGUAUCGUCACUCGCAACAGUAACAUAAAGACAGUAAGGCUCUUCAACAACAAAAUUGAAUUCAAAGCGCUCUUUCGCACAGACCCCCGUUUUGAGAUCUGGUGAUGCCAAGAAACACUCUCUGGAAUCAACAAGCAGGUGAAAUAACCAAUGAAGAUAAGGUAACAGGUGUAAAAACCUUUGAGGAAUCUGCCCAACCAGAGUCCUAUGAAUCAAGCCACCAAGCCAUAAACCACAUUCAUGUUAUCAUCACUUUCAGUCAUAAUCAACAGUUGGUUUCUGUUGCAUUAACUAUGACAACUAUAACUAUUAACUAUCUCCUUUAUAAACUGUCUUUUCACUUCUCCUCCCUUUAUAUUAUUUGCAUCAUGCAUGUUAUAGUUCUGAAUUUUUUUAUUUUGCUUUUAUUUCUAUAUACAUUUUUAAUUUACCUUUUAAUUUAGUUUUUGUUUAUUCUUAUUCUAUAAUUCUUAUUUUUUUAUUUAUUUUUUUAUUUUCAUUUUAAUUGUAGUAGCCUGUUUUAACAGUUCCAAAGUAAAUCUACUUACUGGAUUUAUUUAAAAAUAGAUUUGUAAGAAGAUAAUCAGUUUUCUAGUUUCACUUUUAUUUUUUUAGUUUUAGUAUUUUAGCACUGCCAAAGAAUAGCUACUCACUGGAAUCCUUUAAAAACUAUUUUGUAAAAACUUAAUCAGCAUUACAUUUCCAAGAACAGUUUAAUGCUACUAUAAAAUAAGCAUAAUCUAUAUAAAUUGGGAGUCUUUUAUUUGUUUAAUUGCUUAAAAAAAUGCAUGUAAAGCUAUUGACAUAAAACCUUAUGAAUGCUGAAAAAAGGCUUUUGAAUGCUUAUAUUUCAAGUAAAAUACUGCAGCUUUGACAUCUUGCUGUUUUAAUAUCAGCAUCAUUCCAGUAGAGAGCAGCAAUGAUUUAUUAAUAACAAGAGCCCAGAAAAUUCACAAGCGAAGUUAGCAAGGGGGACAUACACAUGACACAACCAAAAUAAAGAGCAAGUGCAUUUAUACCAUUGAUUACUUGAUCUUCUCUUCUACAUCCUAACAAAGAGAGAAAUCCUUUACAAACAGGAAGUGUUUCACUGUUUGAACUCUAAUGUUUACUGCAAACAGAAUACAAGAGAGAUAUUAUACUCUUACCUCAUCCCUGUGACUGAACGUUUGGCUAGUUAGCCAGGAGGGUCUACCAGCUUUUGUUUUUAUUACUACAGUGUAAAAUGUUAUGGUACUGAAGCAGUCAGAAUAAAUUAUCACUGUAUCACAAACAUUUAUAGGAGUUUUCCCUUGUGAUUGUGUUUUUUUUUUUUUUUUUUUUUUUUUUUUUAGAUUUAUUUAUUUUUUCUUAAUUUUUGUAUUGAAUCCUGUGUAGUGCUAGUAUUAACCUGUGGAUAUGGUCAUAAAAUGUAUGAAAUAAAAUUUGCUCAUUUGCAUA